UGUGUGCGUUCAACCGCCGCAUUCUGCUUCAACCCGCGAGCACUUGGUGGCGCGAGAAGCUGACAGAAGCGGAACAUCGCCAGUCAGAGAGACAUGCCAGCUCGGCGCACGCUGCGCGGCGGACAGCGCACCCAUCCGGUCGGCGCGGCGACUUUCGAUCGAGCGACUCCACAGCAUGCUGGCUCUUCCCGAGCCGUGGGCAAAAGAGGGGACCCUCGAGGCCGCCGUCAGGAUGAUCCUGACUGAUCUCUGCACCGGAGAAACCCAGGACUUGCGGGCCCAUGUCGAUCUCGCCCGCGAGAUUGCCGGGCAACUUGGAGGGCUGAGCAGCCCGGGGCUGAGCGGAAUACUGGCAAGGCUGGUGGUCGUGUAAGUGCUCCUCUCAACAAUUCACCCCCCCCCCCCCCCCCCCCCCGCUGCCCAUCCCCAACCUUCCCAGACGACCACCCAUCCCGGACUAACAACCCCCAAGCGCAGACCUCGCCACAGCCGUAGCCCUCGAGACACCGCCCUCGCACUCACCCGAUGACCUCGCCGCCUACACCGGCCUCUCC